AUGUCAAAUCAUGAGCACCUCGCCCAGUACCAGGGGCAGAUAGUCCCGCAAAGCUACCACGUCGGAUUCGUCGUGCUGAGUUGCCUGGUGAGCUUCGUCGGGGCUGCCUCGACGCUUGAGCUCAUCAAUCGUCGUACUGGAUUCCGGGGAUGGUUCAACAACCUCCUGCUCGUAAGCUCUGCCGUGACGAUGGGUGGCGUCGCUAUAUGGUCCAUGCACUUUGUAGCAAACAGGGCCAUGGAACUAGCAUCCGGAGAGCCAGAGAUGCAAGUCUCGUACUCCCCAGGCUUCACCGUGCUCUCCUUCUUUGUGCCGAUACUCGUCCUCCUGGCAGCGUUCACGGCCGUCGGAUCCAACGAUCACAUAUCCUGGUGGAGGAUUGCUGUCGGGGGCACCAUCUGCGGCGGCGCUGUUUGCGGCAUGCACUAUCUCGGCAACGCCUCCAUCGCCAACUACCACUGUGUCUACAACGGCGUCAACGUGGCUGGCGCCGCUAUCAUUGCCGUCGCCGCCAGCACCAUUGCUCUCACCAUGUUCUUCGUUUUCCGGUCCAUGUGGGCCAACGCAUGGUGGAAGCGCAUCAUCUCGGCCGUCAUUCUCGCCAGCGCUGUUUCGGGGAUGCACUGGUGUGCGGCUCUCGGAACCGAGUAUAGGUUGAUUUCUCCCAACAAGGGGGGGACCGACCGCGACGCCAUAGUCAUCGUCGUCAUUUGCCUGGGACUAGCUGCAUGCCUCAUCGUCGCCGGAUUGGUCGCUCUCAAAGCCAGAAGUAUGCGCAAGUCGGCCCGGACAGCUCAGCAGAUUAACCUCGCCGCGGCUGUCUUCGAUAAGCAGGGGCGGGUGUUGGUCGACACAAAUGGCCUCAUGCCUAGCGUGGUUGUUACGGAUUCGUUCCUCGAAAAGGAUGGCAAGAGUGGUUUCAGCGUGUCUCACCCACUGUUCCUCUGGAUGUUCCAGGCGUCGAGAAACUGGGCCAGCAUCUCGAGUCUGAUAGGCGGCAUGAAAUCGCAUCUGAGCCAGCUGCCGCACUCCGGUCGCGGGAAGAACGGCAGCCUGGGCAUCGAUCUCAUCAACAAUCUCGGAGAGCUGGUGGACGAUUACAAUGUCAUCUUCCGAGAGCUCUUCUGCGUGGCCGCACUGACCUUGGCAGAACGGCUGGGGGAGCCGCUCCCUUCGACCAGAGUAUUGUGGGAUGAGAUCCUCGCCACAGGAGCGAAGAAUGAACACGAGCACCCCGCGACCAACAAGCGGGCACGCACGCCACCAGACUCGCCCGUCAAUACGACUGAUCUAGCGGAGAAGGGGGGAAUUGAGCGCCCACAAGAACAUGGGCGCGGUUUGUUGAUGUUCUUGGUCCGGCGUGUGGAGAGCGAUGGCGAGGUUGACCGCCUGGCCUCGGCAGGUUACCGAUUUGCCGAAGUGCGUCAAGUGAGUGGCUUGAUUCGGUCUGGCAUGCAGAUCCAGUCUCCGGAUGUGGAAUCCAAGUUGCGAAGCAUGGCCACAUGCGCGGACCAGCACUUGGAGUCCCCCCUCGCUGCUGUCAGCCUGGGCUUCUUUGCCAUCAAGGCGAGCAUCGACAGGUCUGGGUUUUACCUGCUAGCACAGAAAGGGGCCAUGGGUUCGCUUCCAUCAACGAGUCUGCCCGUGGCCAAGCUCGAGGCGUGGCAUCAGGACUUGUUGAAGCGGUUCGACGGCAUGUCCGUGUCAUACAUCUUGCAUGCCAUUGCAACGCCAGCAGCAGCGGAGGAAAUGAUGGGGCCACGGGAAAAGGCAUUUGCCAGCCAGCUCGCCAGCACCAUACAACGGCUGCGAAGCACCAUCCAGGAUCCCUUGUUCGACGAUGCGGUGCUGACAUCGACCCCCCUCACCGUGCCAUACCUCGACCACGCCGGCGUCGAGACGACCAGGAAGCUCUUGGCAUUUCGACUCCUGAUUCCACUUCACAGUGCCAUACGCAGCCCCGUCUGCGCGCUCACCCCCCUCAGUCUAUUCAAAGUUCGUCAGCUGUCACAGCAGCAACGGUUGGAGUUUGUGCAGGGUGUCCACCGGGACUUGGGGCCCUUUGUCAAAAAUCUACCAGACGAUGCGGCUACUAGACGCGGAAAAACAGAGCAACGUGGCUGGUCAAAACGCUUGCGAGGCACGCUGCCGGAGCCAGCGAUGUGGGCAAGGGGCGCCCCUGUGGACAUGGAUGUAGACGACAAGCUCAUUUCGACAAUAUCGCAUCGGCGACUGUCGUCUUGCCGAUCGGAUUCUACAGCGGAUCUGUGUCCUCCGGGCAGCGGCAGAAGUAUGAGUUUGGGGGCCGACGACGACGACAAGGCCGCAGCGGAUCCUGCAGCAGUCCAACGGCCGCCGACUGCCGCCGCGCCACAGCCCUACAGCGGCAUAUUGGUGUCGCAGGAGGUGACAGUCCACGACGAGGCCGAGGAUACAAUGGACUACGAGAUGUAUCGACGCUCGGAUCGGUCGCGCACCACCAAUAUCUGGAACCCGGCGAAAAGUUCCCGCAGACUAAGAGGAACCGAGUUGAAACCAAUCCGGCCAGGGCAGACGCGUGUGAUGGGAGGGUGGCGAGCAGCCCUUGGUCACUCGCCGACCUUUGUGGACGUGUUGUUUGCGCAGUGUGUAAACAGCCAUUCAUGGGACACGGAGGAAGGCGUCUUUGGCUAG